AUGCUGGCCCAGGCCCUCCCCCAGCUCGAACGAAACAUCCACCCCGUCGUCAUCAUCUCUGCCUUCAAGCGCGCGCUCGCCGAUGCCCUCACUAUCAUCGAGGAGGUUUCCGUACCGGUCGAUAUCCACGAUGACAAGGCCAUGAACACCCUGAUCCAGUCCUCCAUCGGAACCAAGUUUGUGUCGCGGUGGUCGGACCUCAUGUGCGGGCUGGCAUUGAAUGCGGUGCGGUGUGUCUCCUUUGACGUGGGCGGUGGAAAGCAGGAGGUCGAUAUCAAGCGGUACGCCCGAAUUGAGAAGAUCCCCGGUGGUCAGAUCGAGGACUCCGAGGUCAUCGACGGUGUGAUGGUCAACAAGGAUAUCACCCACCCCAAAAUGCGGCGGAGGAUCGAGAACCCCCGCAUCCUGCUGCUGGAUUGCCCGCUCGAGUACAAAAAGGGCGAGUCCCAGACCAACAUCGAGGUGUCCAAGGAGGACGACUGGAACCGUAUUCUGCAGAUCGAGGAGGAGCAGGUGAAGCACAUGUGUGAAGCCAUUCUGGCUGUCAAGCCCGAUGUUGUCAUCACCGAGAAGGGUGUUUCCGACCUUGCGCAGCACUUCUUGGUGAAGGCAAACGUCACGGCCCUCCGCCGCGUCCGGAAGACAGACAACAACCGCAUUGCCCGCGCAACGGGCGCCACGAUCGUCAACCGGGUCGACGACAUCCAGGAAUCCGACAUCGGGACCCAGUGCGGCCUGUUUGAGAUUGACAAGAUCGGCGACGAAUACUUCACCUUCAUGCGCAAGUGCAAGAGCCCCAAGGCUUGCACCAUCCUGCUGCGCGGCCCAUCCAAGGACAUUCUGAAUGAGAUCGAGCGGAAUCUACAGGACGCCAUGUCCGUUGCUCGUAACGUCAUCUUCCACCCGCGCUUGUCCCCCGGCGGUGGUGCCAUCGAGAUGGCCGUUUCUGUCAGACUCAGCCAGCUGGCUCGGUCCAUCGAGGGUGUCCAGCAGUGGCCAUACAAGGCCGUCGCCGAUGCUAUGGAGGUGAUCCCACGGACACUCGCUCAGAAUGCGGGAGCGAGCCCUAUCCGUGUCCUGACACAGCUGCGCGCUAAGCACGUCGAAGGGCAUUCGACCUGGGGUCUGGACGGUGACACUGGCAAGCUGGUCGAUAUGAAAGAGUAUGGGGUGUGGGAGCCGGAAGCCGUCAAGCUUCAGAGUAUCAAGACGGCCGUCGAGGUAUGCGAUCUAUCUAUUGUUCUACUGUCUUACCAUCUGCUAACUCAUCUUUCUAGUCUGCAUGCCUGCUUCUCCGUGUCGACGAUAUCUGCAGCGGCAAGACUGCGCAACAGGCUGGUAACGCCGGUGGUGGUGAAGAGUGAUAGACACCUUGAGAAAUGGUACAUAAUGCUAUACACGAUUUGCCUCUGGGGUGUUUCUGUAUGA